AGUGAAAUCAAUAUUGCCUUGAUACCCUUAUCGACUAUAUAAAAGUCGUAGAUUUUUCUGAAUAUGUAUCAGUUACUUGUUGGGCUUAGGACAAAGCUAAACAAACCUCAACACAAAAUGUACUCGAAGGUGCUUUGCCUCGCUACCCUUCUGGCUGUGGCUGCUGCCCACUACGGGCACUCGUCGCAGUAUAUCUCCCGCCACGACGGGCCGGCGCAUCUCGUGCCCAUCCACGGACACCAUGGCCAUCAUGACCAUGACUACUACGCUUACCCUAAGUACGAGUUCGAGUACAAAGUAGACGACCCGCAUACCGGCGACCACAAGACGCAGCACGAGCACCGCGAUGGUGAUGUCGUCAAGGGCUUCUACAGCCUGCACGAGCCCGACGGUUCUGUUAGACACGUCCACUACCACGGCGACAAGCACACCGGAUUCCACGCUGACGUUAAGCACAGCACCCACCAUAUCGUCCUGUGCCUCGCCACUCUCCUGGCCGUCGCCGCCGCCCACUACGGGCACGGGCACGGUCACGCGUUCUCCUCGCAGCACAUCUCCCGCCACGACGGGCCCGCGCACGUCGUUCCCAUCCACGGUCACGGUCACCAUGGCCAUGACCACGGUCACGACCAUGUCGACUACUACGCUUACCCUAAAUACGAGUUUGAGUACAAAGUAGAUGACCCGCAUACCGGCGACCACAAGACCCAGCACGAGCACCGCGAUGGUGAUGUCGUCAAGGGCUUCUACAGCCUGCACGAACCCGACGGUUCCAUCAGACACGUCCACUACCACGGCGACAAGCACUCCGGAUUCCAUGCUGACGUGAAACACGAAACCCACCAUAUCGUCCCUGAGAAACACCACCACCACUACUAAAUUGUUCUAUUAUAUUACAUUUUACGUAUGAAUCUGUGAUCUACCGAUAAUUGUUAUGUUGUAAAUAUUUUUUACCAAGUAUAUUUCUU